UCAACAGUUCAGUAUGCUCUAUCUUCCACAUUGCGUAGUUAAUCAAAAAGGCGAAAUGACUGCAAUUUUAAUCUUUUUCGGCCAGAGAGAAAUAUCAGGAUACAAAGCUAGAUUUUGAACAAGCUUAUAACAACUUAUAAGUUAAGUUUUUCACCCCGGCUGCCCCCUCCUCUGAGGCCUGAGCCGUGAAACACUCCGACGGCGACAUGCCAAUGGUGCCUCUGUGAAACCCUGUGAAUGACACGCAGUGCUUUUGUUUUUUCUCACCCUCCACCACCUGUGCUUGGCUAUCAGACCAUUCAGAAAGAAUGACUUAGCAGUCCAAUCGGACUGCUGCUGGCUGUGAGACAAGGGGCUUCCAUGCAUGAGCGACCCCUGAUGAAGAACCGGAUUUAGACUCAUGCCUCGUUGCCCAACCAUCUCUGCUCUCCGAUAAGUAAUGGAGAACAGAUAUGGGUCAUCUGAGACCGAGAUAAGACCAUCUGGACCUGAGCCUCCACCACUGAAACCAGUACGGCAUAUUCGCAGACCAGAAAUGUAUCCCUCCAGAAGAAUGCAAGAGCAGAGCGCUGCUUCACUUACACAACAUCAACCCCAGCCGGUACCCCGGACUCAUCCCCGGGACCCCAGCACCCCUCGAUCCUCGCCUCUCCAUAAGUCAACUUCCACGCACAACCUGACCCAGACAGACACGCCGUGGGAGAGCAUCACCCUGAACCGCUGUCUGUUCGUGGCCGUCGUGAUACUGCUGCUCUCCUCCGGGCUCCGUAAGCUGCAUGAAGCUUUGGGUGGGCAUCAUGCAACACAUGAGGAGGAGUCUGGACUUACGAGGCGCCUGGGGGCUUUGAAACACAGAGCGAUAUCAGAGACCCAGCCUCAGUCGUCUCUAUGGGAAGUCGUGUUUUGGUGGAUACCAGACUUGACAGAUGAAGACGAGGAAAGCGGCAAAAUCAAUAGAGGGAGGUCAAAGAGAAGAGCGGCGGACAAAAUUUCAAGAAGCCACAGAAACAGACCGCUGCUAGAAAAUCUCAUGAAACCAAGAGAAAACAAAUUAAAGGACAGGAGAAGAAAGAGGACAAGAGAUGACUCAGAGAAGGUUGACGUCAAGAACAAGCUAAAGGAGACGAAUAGCCUCGAGGAGACAGAGGAGGGUGAUGUGGACGAGGUAGAGGGAGACGGGGACAUAGCUGUUAAGAGCAGAGGCCAGAUGAAGAAAGAAGACUGAAGGCCACCAGGGUUAACAUGAAAUCGAUCCUUGGCAUUGUUAUAUUGCCAUUAACAGUAUUUUUGCCAACAUCUUGGCCUCUACACGAAACCAUUGAUUUUGAGUAUCAUACUGUUCCACAAAAUCUUUUGAAAGUCUGCCACAAAUAAAGCUGUCUGAUGCCAAGAUAAUAGGACAACAAUCUGGAAUAUGAUGUUACACUUGGAAAUUGAAAUAAAAAUGUUGAGUACUCAACA